AUGGGCAGAUAUGGUCGAUCUAGACCGGUGAUUCACGAAAACGGCUUCACCAUUAACGGGUGUAACUUCAACGUAGACUCAAAGUACCAGCCAAUAGAGGCAAUCGGACAGGGCUCCUACGGGGUUGUGUGCUCCGUACGCAACACCCAGACAUAUGAGAAGCUAGCCAUUAAAAAGAUUACACCCAUGGCUAGCGAUGAGUGGGAUGCGACUCAUACACUGCGCGAAAUUCGACUAAUACGCUGGCUCGGUGCCCAUGAAAACAUCAUUUCGCUGAAGGACUUGAGCAUGUGUAAGGAGAAGGACGAGUUGUACAUGAUGAUGGAGUUAGCUGACACGGAUUUGCAUCGUCUCAUUCAAAGCUCAUGUCUUCUUACCGAAGGUCACAUCCGAAUCAUCAUGUAUCAGGUUCUCUCAGGUGUUAAGGCGAUGCACGAUAAUGGUAUACUACACCGUGACUUGAAACCAGGAAACCUCCUGCUCAACCAAGACUGCGAGUUGAAGGUGACAGACUUUGGCCUUGCUCGUAUGAUGCCGAACAAGUCUCAAUCGGGUCUCAAACAGAAUUCGGAUGACAGAGUAUCCAUGAUGACCGAGUAUGUGGUCACACGUUGGUAUCGACCGCCAGAGCUUAUGCUGGCACCAAACGGCAGCUACGAUGGUGCUGUGGACAUGUGGUCCAUAGGCUGCAUUCUUGGAGAGCUAAUCGCGCGCAAACCUCUCUUUCCUGGUACAGACUUCAUGAACCAGCUCACAAGAGUGUUUCAGGUACUUCCAGUUCCAGAGCCAGAAGAUCGAGGCUAUACCAUUGAAAAAGGCGCUCUCAAAUUCUUGUCCUCAUUGCCUCCGCCUGCAUCUCAUGCUCUGGAAGACAAAUUAGGCGACGCAGCAGGUCCUCAGGUUCGAGAUUUGCUUCGCCGAUUGUUGUGCUUUAACCCUAAGAAACGAAUCUCAGUAGACGACGCACUAGCACACCCGUUCUUUGAUGGCAUUCGAGACGAGUGGGGUGAAAUCACCCCAUUGCAUCUUCCACACUCACUAGAGUUCGCCUUUGAGACGCAGUCCUUACCACUUACAACACUGCGGCAAUACAUCUGGGAUGAAGUACUCGCGUUUGCGGAUUGUUCAGCGAAGCGGCCCGAAAGCAAACCACAGACUACUAGAACACAGAAAGCUGGAGUCCCGAAAGAAUUAACGGCCGGCAGCAAUGACACGCCUUCAGAUUUGGAAAAUGACUCUCGUACCGUCUCGGGCUUCACGCUAAAAGGCUGCAACUUCAAUGUGCCAGCAAAGUACAAACCGCUCCGAAUACUCAGUGAAAGCUCCGACGGAAUUGUGUGCGCGUCGACAGACACGGAGACGAGAAAAAACGUUGCAAUCAAAAAGAUUACACCGAUGGCGGGUGAUGGAUUCAACGCCAAGCACACGCUGCGUGAAAUUCGACUCAUGAGGUACUUUGGCAAGCAUCCCAACAUUGUGUCGCUACAGAGCUUGAGCAUGUGCAUAAAGAAGGACGAGCUUUACUUGAUAAUGGAUCUUGCAGACACUGAUCUCCGCCGCCUUAUCCGGAGCAAGACAAAGAUCGAGGAAGCACACAUUGCGGCCAUUAUGUACCAACUUGUUUGCGGUGUCCAAACAUUGCAUGAAAACGGCGUCUUGCACCGCGACCUGAAGCCAGAUAAUAUCCUCGUGACCAAAAACUGUGACGUCAAGAUCACAAACUUUGGUCAUUCUCGCUACAUUCCGCACAGUGACCGCAAAAGCCCUGUACCGUCACCGAUAUCAGGCCAAGAAGGACAACAACCGCGACACAUUGUCGAUAAAACGCAGUCGAUGAAGACUGAGCACGUUGUCGCUCGCUGGUAUCGGGCACCAGAGAUCACGCUGACAUCUACGGGCACGUACAAUAAAGCUGUGGAUAUGUGGUCGAUCGGGUGCAUUUUUGGCGAGCUGCUUAACCGUCGGCCAAUGUUCCCAGGGGCAGACUUUCUUGAUCAGCUUUCACGUGUUUUCUGUGUGCUAUCCAUGCCGCCGCGUAACGAGCUUGGCUAUGAAGUCGAAAGUGACGCGUUGGCUUUCCUUGACAGCUUGCCACCUUGCUCACCAUCAGCACUUGACAAACUGUUCCAUCAUGCAUCGUCAGAAGCUGUAAGUUUACUGCGGCAACUGCUGUGUGUAAAUCCUGCCCACCGCAUUGCGGCAAAACAGGCUUUAGCACACCCGUAUUUCAAGACAAUCCGGGCCCAGCUUGGAGAACCUCCAGUCUUCCAUGUCGAAAAGGUCUUUGACUUUGAGUUCGACUACCAGCACGUCUCUUUCGCUGACUUAAAGGCCCUUCUUCAGAGCGAAGUCCAGCUACUGCAAAACGAUGGUCUUCUAUCACCGAUACCUGUACAUGAACCUACCGAGGAUGCCGAACAACAACCUGAGGACUUCGUCGAUGAUGACGACAACAACAAUGUCCACGUGCAAGAAGCUGACUCAUCUGUGACAAAACGGAAUGUUUCUGCCGUAACGUAUGAUCAUCAUUGGGAGGAAGCGAAGGCGACCAAAGCUCGCAAGGACGCUUGUGUGCCCACAGGACCGGAGAAUGACUCGGAAGUUGAUUUGGCAAAUGACAAAACGCGUGCUGCUAGGUCUGAAGCAUCGUCGGAAUCUGAAUCAGGCAUCCUAAAGCACCGCCGACAACCUCAGCAUCAAAAGGAUAAAAAGAUUGAAGUGAUAUCUCGGAAGAAGCAGGAAGCAACUGUGGAAUUGGGCACGCAGGGCAACGACGAUGAUGAAAAAUCGCACAAAAUAAUCGUCAAUACCGCAGAGCGCUCGACGGUAUCUACGCAACCCAUUACAACCACCAUUUCAAAUUCUUUGGUACGACCCGAGAGUGCUGAAACGACAAGCUGGAGCUUAGCCACGUCUUCAGGAUCGACAACGAGCAGAAGCAGUUCCGCAGACAUCUCAUACUGCCCGCAGCGAGACUCUCAUACCUACGGCGAAGUCUUGGCCGUUGCAAGCACUAACAGUAGCAAUCAACACAACCAGAACGACAAUAACGGUUCAGAUUCCAUUGCGCAGAGAGGGAAAAAGAGUCGCAUACAUAGUAGCGCAAUGGCCUCCACUGCCUCUUCGCGUCUUCACCGCUCAAGGGCUCGCUUUGCUUCGACGUCAUCGAUUCACACGCUUCGCGGUAGUCAAAGCGGAGCUGUCACGACCGCAGCAACAGUCACGCGAUCGGGAACGUCGCGGACAUCAAGAAGCAAUAACAGUCAGCUCAGCGCAUGUGGUGGCGAGCUGAUUGACCGCGAUCUUGUGAAAAGUAAUGCGCUGCGGGGUCCUCAACGUGCAAGUUCUACCAUCAAUGCUGCAACGGCUUCGUCACUUCGUCGACAGUCUAGCACCGCCGGGACUAUACGACCAACUUUAUCUGGACAAAACGUGUCGUUGCCCAAGGGUUGGAUACGUCGAACACACCCGGAUAGCGGACGAUUAUACUUUUGCUAUACCCUCAAGAAGGUGACAUCGUCGAAGAUGCCGGUUACACUCCAACACCUUGACAACAAUUUUGUCGGUACCUCAGGCUCUUCGACAUCUUCAUUGCCAGUGGCAUUUGGCCCGCGUCGGAGCGACACGGCGCUUUUGAGCCAACGAUCGGACUCAAGUACCACCAGUUUGCCAAAGGAAUGGGUGCGACGCACGGAUCCCAUAACUGGGCGCCUCUUUUACGUAAACCUUGUUUCCAACCGCUUGUAUGCCAAGCUCCCGUCUUCUGUCACCGCUGCUAUGCUCAACCUUGGUCGUGAAGCUGUUACCAACAAGCAUGUAGUUCAUCGAAAAAAAGCAACAGUACCUCACAGUCCACGAUUCACGCAAAUGUCUUGGCAGCGCAAGAGGCCUCCUGCCAUCAGUGACUGA